AUGUCCACUGAAACGCCGUUCACGAUCGCUAUUCCAGACGCGGACAUUGACCUCUUGCGCAAGAAGCUCGAACUCGUGCGUCUGCCAGACGAGCUUGACGACGCAAACUGGGAUUAUGGAGUACCCCUGAAGGACGUACGUAGGCUUGUUGCGCGGUGGAAGGACGGAUACGAGUGGCGAAAGACGGAGGCGGAUCUCAAUAAACUUCCGCAGUUCACUCGAGACAUAGGGGUGGAUGGAUUUGGGGUGCUGAACAUCCAUUACAUUCACCAGAAGAGCACUGUCGAGGGUGCCGUCCCGUUAUUGUUCGUGCAUGGCUGGCCAGGGAAUUUUCUUGAAGUGACCAAGCUUUUACCGCUGCUAACUGCUGCAUCCCCCGACCAUCCGAGCUUUCAUGUCGUCGCUCUCAGUUUACCUGGAUAUGGGUUCUCUGAAGCACCAAAGAAAAAGGGCUUCGCGGCUCUGCAAUAUGCUGAGGUGGCCCAUAAGCUGAUGCUUGCGCUUGGCUACUCAGAAUAUGUUGCCCAGGGCGGUGAUUGGGGUUAUCUUAUUUGCAAGACCCUGACGAUGCAAUACGGACACAAGCAUGUCAAAGCCUGGCAUACUAACUCCCCCUUUACCGGACCACCCGCCUUCCUGUCAGACCCGUUUCGUUUCUUGGCAUUUGUUGGUUCUCUUGUAAUGCCUUGGUCGGCACGAGACAAGGAAGGGAUGGCGCGUACUACGUGGUUCCAAGAGAAAGGCAGCGGAUACUACAAGGAGCAGUCGACGCAGCCACAGACAUUAGGAUACAGCCUUGCUGACUCUCCAGUUGGACUACUUGCGUGGAUUUAUGAGAAGUUGGUCAAUUGGACAGACAGCUAUCCCUGGGAGGAUGAUGAAGUCUUGACGUGGAUUUCGAUCUACUGGUUCUCCCGCGCAGGCCCUGCGGCCUCGGUUAGAAUCUAUUACGAAGUGACGAAAGGGGGUAAAGAAGGUUUUGGGUCCGGAGCGGUUUGGAAUUCAGUCCCUAUGGGCGUUUCCUUUUUCCCGAAGGAAUUAGCCAUUGUCCCCAAACUCUGGGUCCGCGGCAUGGGGAAGGUGGUCUUUGAGUCUGAUCAUGAAGCCGGAGGCCACUUCGCGGCGUACGAACGGCCUGUGGACCUUGUCAGUGCCGUGCGCAGGAUGUUUGGGAAGAACGGACCAGCGCACGGUAUCGUUCCUGGUAAAAAUGGUUUAUUCCAACGUCGCAUGAUGACAACCGAAACGCCAUUCAGAAUAUCCGUCCUGGACGCAGACAUAGAGCUCUUGCAUAAGAAGCUCGAGCUGGUGCAUCUACCUGAUGAGCUCGACGAAGCGGGAUGGGAAUACGGCGCGCCCUUGGAAGAUGUUCGCAGGCUCAUUGCGCGUUGGAAGGAUGGCUACGACUGGCGAAAGGCGGAAGUGGAACUGAAUGAGCUCCCCCAGUUUACGCGGGAUAUCGAGGUCGAUGGGUUUGGUGCGCUGAAUGUUCACUAUAUUCAUCAGAAAAGCACCGUCGAGGGCGCUGUCCCGUUGCUCUUCGUGCAUGGCUGGCCCGGAAAUUUCCUUGAAAUGACCAAGAUACUGCCAUUGUUGACAGCCGCGUCCCCGGACCAUCCCAGUUUCCACGUUGUCGCGCUCAGCUUACCAGGCUACGGAUUCUCUGAGACACCAAAGAAGAAGGGGUUUGCUCUCGAGCAAUAUGCCGAGGUUGCCAAUAAACUAAUGCUUGCACUUGAUUAUCCAGAGUAUGUUACCCAAGGUGGCGAUUGGGGAUAUUUUAUAACGCGAGUAAUGGCCUCACAGUACGGACACAAACAUGUCAAAGCCUGGCACACCAACUCUCCUUUCACAGGACCCCCGAGUUUUUUCACGGACCCGAUCCGCUUCUUCGGUUUCCUAGGCUCACUUGUGAUACCUUGGUCUGUUCGAGACAAAGAAGGGAUUGCGCGUACAAUGCAAUUCGAACAGAAAGGGACCGGGUAUUUCCAGGAACAGACGACUCAGCCGCAGACAUUGGGAUACAGCCUUUCCGACACCCCGGUGGGACUCCUCGCGUGGAUUUAUGAGAAGCUCGUGACCUGGACCGAUAGGUAUCCUUGGGAAGAUGACGAAGUCUUGACGUGGAUCUCAAUAUACUGGUUCUCUCGAGCCGGACCUGCGGCAUCCAUCAGACUCUACUAUGAGGCUACGAGAGGAAGAAACGGAUAUGUCAUGGUCGGAAUGCCGUGGAGCUCGGUGCCUAUGGGCGCUUCAUUCUUCCCGAAAGAACUUGGGAUUGUACCGAAGCUCUGGGUGCGCGGUAUUGGAAAUAUAGUCUUCGAAUCGGAUCACGACAGCGGAGGUCAUUUUGCUGCGUAUGAGAAGCCCACGGAACUCGUGGCUGAUUUGCGAAAGAUGUUUGGGAAGGAUGGGCCGGCACAUGCUGUUAUUCCAGGAAAGAAUGGGUAUACGUAG